GCCGGCCUCGACCACGUGACACACAGCGGCAAGCAGAACCCAGUAGCAGUGCGUGCGUGCGUGUCGCGGACAGUUCGGCUGCGGUCGAACCGAACAGAGCCGAACCCCCCAUCUCCUGGAACCAAUAGCGCAUAGAUAGGAUGGAGCUCUCGGCGAUGGGCGAUCGCGUCUUCGCCGCGGAAGCCAUACUAAAACGCCGCGUCCGAAAGGGGCAACUUGAAUAUUUGGUGAAAUGGAAGGGAUGGGCAAUGAAGGACAGCACCUGGGAGCCAGAGGAGAAUAUUCUGGAUGACAGGCUUAUACUUGGCUUUGAGCAAAAAGAACGAGAGCGGGAACGUAGCGGGCCAAAAAAGCGGGGCCCAAAAUCCAAAAACCUUGUGAUUAAGCCUCAGAAAGGAGAAACAAGCACUCGAUGCGCAAAAUCCUGCCAAGCCACAUCGCGCUCCGUUUCCAGCCGAGCGACUUCUUCCGCCUCCUCUUCCUCGCCUCACCCUUUGGCGCCCACAUCCCCGAAGCUCAGCUCCCUGGCCGCAACCCACAAGCUGAAGAAAGACAUUCACCGCUGCCACCGCAUGUCCCGCCGGCCCCUGCCCCGCUCGGACCCCAUGGCGUCCUCUUUCUCCGGGCCCGGCGGCUUCCCGUCCCGCCCUCACGCCUCGCCUUUUUCCGAGACCGUGCGCAUCCUCAACCGCCGCGUGAAGCCCCGCGAGGUCAAGCGGGGCCGCAUCAUCCUUAAUCUGAAGGUAAUCGACAAGCCGGGUCGCAGCGGAUCGAGCGUCGGCGGCUCUCGGAAUGUCCCGGGGGGGCGCCAGAACAUCCCGUCCCGCAAUCGCAUCAUCGGGAAGAAGGGAGAAGUUCCCUAUAGACCUUUCCAGCCCCCGCUGAAGAUGCUCGGCUUCCCCAUGUACGGGAAGCCUUUUGGGCUGCAGUGCGGGGGCCCCCUGGCCUUCCACCCUCAACCGGGGUCCUGCAACGCCAGGAACACCCGUCCCACACCGUCCCACUUGCACGCUUCCGCACUUCCUUCCCAGUCCAACGGGAAUCCUAAAACCUCCCGUUCUUUCCCGCCUUCCGGAGAGCCGGCACAAUCCAAAAGUCCCGCCGAAUCUCCAAAUAUCCCCCCGUCCGCUCCCGCCAACCCCUCUGCGUCGGCCGCACUGCCCGCUGGGGAGGACGCCGCUGACGCCCUAGGCGCCUCCUUGCCCCAAGGGGGCGGCGGCCCGCCAGAACAAGCCAGGGUGCCCGCUGAGGGCGACCCCGACUGGCACCCGCAAAUAGGAUCCAGCUGCAAGGACGUGGUGGUCACAGACGUCACCACCAACCUGGUCACCGUCACCAUCAAGGAGUUCCCUUCCCCCGCUUCGUGCCCCGCCUCGCCCAUCACGGCGGAAGGCGCCGCAUCACCGUGCUCCGCCUCUGACAGCCCGGAGAACAACCCAGCCAAGCCAAUUGAUCCAUCACUGCCUUGUUUGUUCACACUGCUGCUACUGCGAAUUCACCCCGGCCAUCCUGCUGCGACUGACGCAGAGGCACACAGCUUGGCUCCUCCUCCUCCUCCUCCUCUUGCACGGUGCAGUCUCCAUGGCAACACACAGAGGAGAGAGCAGCUUAGCAACAACACGACGAGCAUCCAGACUGCUCGCUACUCCAGAGCAGCAGACAUCCUCCGAGAGAAUCCUCUCCAGUUGUCACGUUUACAUUUUUCAUUGAUAUUGAGAAGGAUAUUUUUUUUGAUUUACAGUACAAUGAAGUUCAUGGUGGUUCUGGUGGGCGCUGGCACGCUGGCCUUCCUUGGCGCCGUCAUCUGCAUCUUUGCCAGCGUUUACCCCCGCAAACACGCCGUGGCUCUGGCCGACAACGGCACCCUGACGUCAGAGACGCUCCUCCAGCCUCUGGAGCGGCCCGGCGCGGUGGCUCACGCCGGCCCGCUCGGUGCUCUGCACGGCGCCGACUCCUACGGCGGAGAGAACGGACUGGGCUUGGGGCUUCCCACGUUGAAUGAGCUCGACAUCGGCGAGGAGACCGGCCGAGGUUCAGCCAAGGUGUUCAGCUACAGCCGACUCAUCUGCACACCGGUUCCGCUCGGGGACUGUAAGAGGAAAGAAGCGGGGCAGCAGCCGCUGGCGGACGACCCUCUCGUCGAUGAGGACUGGACGUUCCUCCGCACCACCGCGGAGGAGCUCCGGCAGAUGGUCAUGCAGCAGAACGACCAGAUCCUCAUGGACCAGAGAACGAUUCGCGAGCUGACAGGAAAGCUGAGUGAGUGCGAGAGCGGCCUGGAAGAGGAGGACAACGGGAGGGCCGGACCCGAACGCAGUAUCGGGGUCUGGAGCGGGAACCGGCGGGUCAUGGCCGGGGACGACGUCAGCUCUUCGGCCGCCUCGCAGCUGCAGACGGCCCGAGCCGUGGAGGAGCUUGCUCGGGCCAUCAUGGACCUGAAGGACCGAAUUGAGAAGCUCGAGGCAGAGAUCGGCCCAGCUGCUUUGAACCUCACGGACACGUCUACAGGAACAAGCAGCAGCAGCAGCACACCGAUGACCACCAAGCCCCCCACUCCACCCACCGGCAACACCAACCCCCUGCCCCCAGGCCCGGUGCCGGCAGCCCCCGGGGCCAGACGACCGGGCUCUCCCGCCUCCAAGCCCCAGGCCAAGGGGACCCCGGGUCGCGGGAAAGCUCCGUGGAGGGUGGAGGACCUGGAGGGUGAGCUGGAGAGGAAAAUAAAAAUGUUGGAGAAGGAGCGGCAGGCCAUGAGGAAGGAGACACAAGGGCAGUAUGAGAAGAUCACCCAGGGCUUGGACACCGCCAAUCACCGCGUCAGUGAACUGGAGCACACCCUAACAGAGCCAUCCUUCCCCGACGGCUUCGUGCUGUCCUUCCCCAUGCGCACCAACUACAUGUACGGCCUGGUCCGGAAGGAGAUCACCGAGAUGUACGCCUUCACCGCUUGUCUGUGGCUGAAGGCUAAGGAAGACGGGAUCGGUACACCUUUCUCCUACUCGGUACCCGGACAGCCUAACGAGCUGGUGUUGCUGCAGGGUGUCCACAACCCCGUGGAGCUGCUCAUUAAUGAUAAGGUAGCACAGUUGCCGCUGUCGCUCCCUCAAGACGCAUGGCAGCAUAUCUGCGUUAGCUGGACCUUGAGGGACGGUGUGUGGAAGGCCUACCAGGGUGGCAAGAUGAAGGGGCGGGGAGAAGGACUGGCCGCCUGGCACCCCAUCAAACCUGGUGGGGUGCUCAUCCUGGGCCAGGAGCAGGACACCCUCGGCGGACGUUUCGAUGCCUCCCAGGCGCUGGUUGGUGAACUCUCCCAGUUCAACUUAUGGGACCGGGUAUUGAAGCCCGCCGAAGUCGCCGCCCUGGCGGAAUGCAACUCCUCGGUACUCGGGAACAUCGCCCCCUGGACCGAUCUGGACGUAGACGUCUAUGGAGGAGCCAUCAAGGAGUCCUUAGACCCCUGCCACGCUGCUGAGAGAUCCAACCCCUCCAGCCCAAAACAGUGAGGGCCGAGAGAGUGCGAGAUUUUGUCGAGGGGUAAAUUAAAUGACUUGAGAAUGUAAAGCAUUUGUUCGGAGCUCGGGGAGCUGACGGGACGUAGCUAAUCUAAUGUUAAGAGCUCGUCUGUUUUCCAUGUGGGUGUGUUUGGUGUUUAGUUCUAAACUGAGAAUGAGGUUAGUCUUGGGAUUGAUUACCUUCGUUGGGUAAUCAAAACACAAGCUUGUAGAUGGACUAUCAGUGCUAGUUUGGGUCAAUCAUCUCUGUGAAGUGAAAAAUCAUAGCUUCGAGGUCUUCGGGUUGUGAUGCAGGUGUAGUCGGUGAAGAUGGAAAGCUUUUGUGUCCCCUCAUGUUGUGUUUAUUGCUGAAAUCGAGUUCUCGAGGAUUCUCAAGAUCAUGACGUCAUGUUCAAGUGUCCAUACUCCUCCCACCAUUCGCAGUGAUCUAAUAGCGUAAACGUGUAAUUAUUGUGUGUUUAUGUAGCCUUGCUAAUGUCGGCCGCCCCGCGGUAGUUGACGCAAUCGCACAAUCGGGAAAAGCAGUACUCUCGAUCCAUUCGCACUUUGAUGCCAAACUGUGAUUUAGAAGAUUAAAUUGUACCCUGGCUAAACCCCA